AUGGGGAAAGUGCAAUCGAUCAUAUGGGAUCUCAUUAAAGAAAAACUGAUCUUCCCUUAUGUUGACCUUGACCUUCAUUCUUACGACUUGUCCAUUCAGAACCGAGAUGCCACCAAUGAUCAAGUGACCGUUGAUGCAGCUCAUGCAACACUGAAAUAUAAUGUGGCCGUGAAAUGCGCCACAAUUACUCCCGAUGAGGCUCGUGUGGAAGAAUUCCAUCUAAAAAAGAUGUGGAAAUCACCUAAUGGGACAAUCCGUAACAUCCUUGGAGGUGAGCAGAAUAUGAAAAACUUUGAAUUAUUGCAUAUGUACAAGGCUACCGACUUUGUUGUGCCCGGCCCUGGAAAGCUUGAAAUUAAAUUUGUACCAGCCGAUGGCUCGGAGGGAGUCACACGCGAAGUCUUCGAUUUCAAAGGCCCGGGAAUAUCACUUUCGAUGUAUAACACUGAUGCGUCAAUCAGAUGUGGAAAUCACCUAACGGGACAAUCCGUAAUAUCCUUGGAGUACAAGGCUACCGACUUUGUUGUGCCCGGUCCUGGAAAGCUUGAAAUUAAAUUUGUACCAGCCGAUGGCUCGGAGGGAGUCACACGCGAGGUCUUCGACUUCAAAGGUCCCGGAAUAUCACUUUCGAUGUACAACACUGAUGCGUCAAUUAGAGACUUUGCUCAUGCCUCCUUCAAGUAUGCCCUGCAGAGAGGCUACCCUCUAUACUUGUCGACCAAGAACACCAUUUUGAAGAAGUAUGAUGGUCGAUUCAAGGACAUCUUUGCCGAAAUCUACAAGGAAUAUGAAGAGCAGUACAAAGCUGCUGGUAUUUGGUAUGAGCAUCGUCUUAUCGAUGAUAUGGUUGCCCAAGCCAUGAAAAGCGAAGGUUAUGGUUCACUCGGACUUAUGACCUCAGUGUUAGUAUGCCCUGACGGUAAGACCGUUGAAGCCGAAGCCGCUCAUGGAACUGUUACGCGACAC